UCGGUUGUAGCAUUCUGCGCGCCCGCGUCUCGGCCUUCUCUUCUGUCUUUCCGCCCGCGCCGCCGCCGCCAUGAGGGAGAUCGUGCACCUGCAGGCCGGCCAGUGCGGCAACCAGAUCGGCGCUAAGUUCUGGGAGGUGAUAAGCGAUGAGCAUGGCAUCGACCCUACCGGCACUUACCACGGGGACAGCGACUUGCAGUUGGAGCGCAUCAACGUGUACUACAAUGAGGCUACCGGUGAGUCCGCAUAUCCCUCGCCCGUCCCUUUCCUGCCGCCCUACAGCCAGUUUCUCGCUGACGCUCUUUCGGCCCUCCUAGGUGGCAAAUACGUGCCCCGGGCCGUGCUCGUGGACUUGGAGCCCGGCACCAUGGACUCCGUGCGCUCGGGGCCCUUCGGGCAGAUUUUCAGGCCAGACAACUUCGUCUUUGGCCAGAGUGGUGCUGGGAACAACUGGGCCAAGGGGCACUACACGGAAGGAGCAGAGCUGGUCGAUUCGGUGUUGGAUGUCGUGAGGAAGGAGGCUGAGAGCUGUGACUGCCUGCAGGGCUUCCAGCUCACCCACUCCCUGGGUGGGGGGACUGGGUCUGGGAUGGGGACCCUCCUCAUCAGCAAGAUCAGGGAGGAGUACCCGGACAGGAUCAUGAACACCUUCAGCGUGGUGCCCUCGCCCAAGGUGUCGGACACCGUGGUGGAGCCCUACAACGCCACUCUCUCCGUCCACCAGCUGGUGGAGAACACAGAUGAGACCUACUGCAUUGAUAACGAGGCCCUUUACGACAUCUGCUUCAGAACCCUAAAGCUAACCACACCCACCUAUGGUGACCUGAACCACUUGGUAUCAGCCACCAUGAGUGGGGUUACCACCUGCUUGCGAUUUCCUGGCCAGCUCAAUGCUGACCUGCGCAAGCUGGCUGUCAACAUGGUGCCCUUCCCCCGCCUGCACUUCUUCAUGCCCGGCUUUGCCCCCCUCACUAGCCGGGGCAGCCAGCAGUACCGGGCCCUGACGGUGCCCGAGCUCACCCAGCAGAUGUUCGACGCCAAGAACAUGAUGGCUGCCUGCGACCCCCGCCACGGCCGCUACCUGACGGUGGCUGCUGUUUUCAGGGGCCGCAUGUCCAUGAAAGAGGUGGACGAGCAGAUGCUUAAUGUUCAGAAUAAGAAUAGCAGCUAUUUUGUGGAGUGGAUCCCCAACAAUGUGAAAACGGCCGUCUGCGACAUCCCGCCCCGGGGGCUCAAGAUGUCCGCCACCUUCAUCGGCAACAGCACGGCCAUCCAGGAGCUGUUCAAGCGCAUCUCGGAGCAGUUCACGGCCAUGUUCCGGCGCAAGGCCUUCCUGCACUGGUACACGGGCGAGGGCAUGGACGAGAUGGAGUUCACCGAGGCCGAGAGCAACAUGAACGACCUGGUGUCCGAGUACCAGCAGUACCAGGACGCCACGGCCGAGGAGGAGGGCGAGUUCGAGGAGGAGGCCGAGGAGGAGGUGGCCUAGAGCCGUCCGGCCCCGGGACGCGUGGAGGCCGUGAGAACUCUUUAUUCACUCACAACCUGUGCUCUGAUAGCCCCGCCACAGGCGCACCUGCUCUUCCUCCUGUCCCGGCGUCGUGUGCUGUGCAGACUCCACCAUUAAAGCAUUUUCAUAGCGUG